CGCUGAGGAAAACAAAAUAACCAGAUAGGUGGGGACUGGUUAGAAGUAUGCAGUUUUCACUUUUUAAGAAGCUAAAUGGCUAGCUAGUUAAUGUUGGAUAGACAACUAGUUAGAUAGCUAGCAAACAUAAUUUAAGUUUUAAACAUACUUUUGUAAAACCUCUACAAUGGCAGUUAGCGCAGUUCAUCUGGAAUCGGACGCCUUUUUGGUUUGUAUGAAUCACGCAUUAAGCACAGAGAAAGAAGAAGUAAUGGGACUUUGCAUUGGAGAAGUGGAUACUAACCGCAUUGUUCACAUUCACUCGGUGAUCAUCUUACGCCGAUCAGACAAGAGGAAAGACCGCGUGGAAAUAUCACCUGAGCAGCUUUCUGCAGCUUCCACCGAAGCGGAGAGAUUGGCUGAAAUGACAGGGCGUCCCAUGAGAGUAGUUGGGUGGUACCAUUCUCAUCCCCACAUCACUGUGUGGCCAUCACAUGUUGAUGUAAGAACUCAAGCUAUGUAUCAGAUGAUGGAUCAAGGCUUUGUGGGGUUGAUAUUCUCCUGCUUCAUUGAGGAUAAAAACACAAAGACCGGUCGAGUCCUCUACACAUGCUUCCAGUCAGUACAAGCUCAGAAGGGCUCUGAAUAUGAGAGAAUUGAGAUCCCAAUCCAUGUGGUGCCACAUGAAGCCAUCGGAAAAGUGUGCCUGGAAUCUGCCGUCGAGCUUCCCAAAAUCCUCUGCCAGGAGGAGCAAGACACCUAUCGGAGAAUCCACAGUCUGACUCAUCUUGAUCCGAUUACGAAGAUACACAAUGGUUCAGUGUUCACCAAAAACCUGUGCAGUCAGAUGUCGGCGGUGAGCGGGCCGCUGCUGCAGUGGCUGGAGGACCGGCUGGAGCAGAACAAGCAGAGCAUCAGCGAGCUGCAGCAGGAGAAGGAGAGGCUGACGCAGGAGCUGGCGGCCAUGUGCGGCACCACCCUCUGACGCGCGCCCGCACGCGCCCGCACACGCCCGCCCGGGGGUCACCUGACCGCCCAGGCGUCCGAGCUUCCUCGUUCUUCCCAGCCCGCGCGCGUACUUCCCUGUCGUCCGACCGGUCUCCUCCGCACAUACCUCGGCAUUGUAUUGCAGUCUGAGCUGCUGCUGAGCUUUCUGAAGUAUGCACCCUGUGGUCAUGCCUAGAGGGAAGCUGCCGUAGCUCCCUCACAACUCUGUUCCUCUGGCCCUGACCUGCUUAAUCUUAGUGUACUGUUUAUUUUCCCCUGACCUUGUCCAUCAAAAGUAGAGACUUACCCCCAGCUCCUUGUUUGAGGGCAUGAUGAUGAACAAAAUUCUGCCCUGAUUCCGACUCCUCAUGCUUUGUGUACUUGCUGAUAUGGUGGGCCCAGUCGAUCCAUGUGAUUUACAGACCACUGAAUCUGCAGUUUUUCCACAGCACGAUUCCCCACAAUUUUUCACAAUGUGAUGCCCUCAAACACAGACUCUGUACCACACCUCCUUUAUUCUUGUGCCUUGGAAAUAUCUGUUUGACCACAGGCGUCAGUUGAGAGGAGGUGCUGUGCAGAUUUUUUAAUGUGCAUGUGGAUGCAUUGGUGUAGUCAUUAGUUCCUACUGUCAGCCCAUCCGGGAUAUGUAAAGGUCAGAGGGAAUUCACAGUCUGCUCUGAACCAAAGCCAAUGAACAAACAGAUUGUUACAGUAGGUUUUUCUCCAUGAAAACUGUUCCAGGUGCCCGCACUGAUCUACUCACUAAUAUUCUCUCAGUAAGGACAAUGUAGAAAUUGUGUAGAGGCUCCUAGUGGCUGAGAAAAAAAUGGUACUCCUAUUUGUACUUCUAGAGGUGUUUUGUCUCAAAUCUGUGUGAUAUUUUAGCACCCCCUUGUGGUCAGCUGUGCUAAUUUUUACUGCCCCCUCAUCAUAAAUGGUUAGCUUAACUCCUAGCCCUGUAACACACAGGGCUGGUUGAGGUUGUUCAGCAUAAACACAUAUGUACAAUGUGAAAGGAUAGUAUUGCCUCAGGUAUGUGCUUAGAAUUAUUUUCUGAAUUUUAUUUUGUUUAUUUUAUUUGAGCCUUUUUUACUCGUCAGUUUAUAUGACAGUGCUACUUUGCCAUGGCUUCCUGACGCAUAUAAUGUCAAAAUUUUAUUUUAUACAAGACUCUCAAUCUAUAUGACCACAGCCUGAAUUUUUAAGUUGUUGUAUUGAUGUCUAGCAGUCAAAGAAUCAGAACACCUUAGUCAAAGGGUUGGUGUUCUGAGCAUAGUACAUAAGAUAGUGGGUAUUUAAGGAUAUUCUAAUAGAAUGACAGAGGACAUGGGUCAUUUUGUGUGUUGUACUAUUUCAUGGAAAGAAGGGGGAUUUUAUUGCACAUUAUCAUUCACUGAAAUCUGUAGGAAAUAUACUGUGUUGUUAGUUGUGCCAUAAUGAAAUGUUUAAACUUGAGAAUGUCAAGGCACGGGUGCAUUAGGGGUCCUUUCAUGUGGUACAGGGGAUGACUUAACCAUGGGAAAUGUAAUUGAUGCUUGGAUUACAGUACUGUUUUAUGUAGGAGAAAUUAAA